UAUAUUUAAUUCAAAUUCAAAACGUCAAACUGUUUUUGAUAGAAAAUUUAAUUUAUUUUAUGAGAAUCAUAAUUUUGAUUUAUAAUUUUGUUUGAUUUGAUUGAAAUAUAAUUUUGUUUGAUUUUCAAAGGUAUUAAUCUAGAAUUGAGUGAUAUAAUUUAACGCUCGAUAUCGAUCCAUCGAAGCUCGCCGUAGUUUCGACCUUAUCACACAUGUAACACCAUUAUUAAACGCAUCGAAUUUCGCGGCUGUACGCUUUCCGCCACACCACACUACUAUCAACAAUACUACCAACACCACCAUCAUCACUAUCCCCCGCCACUACACUACCACCACCAUCACCACCACCACCAUCAUCAUCAUCAUUAUCAUUAUCAUUAUCAUUUUUUUCUCGCUGCCGUGAACAUAGCGAAAAACAUCGCUCAAGCCUAGCAGAGAGCGAGCAUACGGCUGAAUAACUAAAUCCCAUCGGAGUGAAUGUCACUUUGGCGCAAAGUAUAGUGACGCGCGAGCGAGCGCGCGCAUUUAUAUGCGAUCGUGUAUGUGAUAUGCGCGCACCCGUGCGUUUAUACCUAUCUCUACCUACCUAUUUAUCUAUCUAUUUAUCCUACCUACAUACGUAUGUAACAUAUUGCGCGCGCACAUAUAUUUACGUGAAACAAUCCUAUGCUUUCCGUGGAUAUGUACGUGCAUGUGUAAAUCGUCAUGUAUAUUCCGGUACGACGACGCAAUGAAUUUGUGAGGUUAGAUUUUAAGCUCAUGUCUGUGAUACGUCCGUUUUCCUCGAAACGUGAAAAGUGAGAUCUCGUCUUAUCAAAGGGAUUAUAAUAACCCUCCCCUAUGUGAUUUGCAAUGAAACGCGUUCGCGGGCUGGACGAGGUAGCGUCACCAGCAGCAACGUUAAAACCCUCGUCGGUGAGCGGAGGAAGUGGUCUAAGCGGUGGUGGAGGUUUAGAGUAUCACUCAAGUAGCGGAAUAGGCGUUGUUGUACCUGGUCAAGCUGUUCGAUCUGUUACUUCAAAGGAAAUGCCGGGAAGUAUACAAUUUGGUACCGCCCAAGCUCAACAGCAGUAUACCGGUGCAAUCGUUGUACCAACGGCUACACCAUCCCCUAUUAAAGGAACUGGAUCUACAGGAGGGCUUAAUUCUACAUGUAGUGGUACUAAUGUAAAUACUGGUGGUGGGUUGCACGGUGGAAUAAGUAGUGGAAGUAAUCACAAUAUGGGCUCUCAGCAACCUACAACAGGAUCGCAAACACAAGUUCACACACAACAGCAGGCAGCAAUAAGGCACAAGGUACAUUCGAGCAAUGUAGCGCCAUUGGCAUCUACACCUCCAGGUCCUGGAUUAGGCAGUGGGAGUGGAUCUCAACAAUUUCAAAGAUUAAAAGUUGAAGAUGCAUUAUCUUAUUUGGAUCAAGUGAAGUAUAAAUUCAGUGAUCAACCACAGGUUUAUAAUGAUUUCUUGGAUAUCAUGAAAGAAUUCAAAUCUCAGAGUAUUGAUACCCCAGGUGUUAUUACACGAGUGAGCCAUUUAUUUAAGGGACACCCUGAACUCAUUGUUGGUUUCAAUACUUUUCUACCACCAGGCUACAAAAUAGAGGUACAAGCAAAUGAGCAAGGGUAUGCAUUCCAAGUAUCAGUUAGUAUGCCUAGUCCAACUGCUACUCAUACAGCAACGUUAUCGCAACAUCAUUGUACGGUGAAUGUUGGUUCACCACCUGUAGCAAGUCCGCCAACACAACCAGCAAAAGCACCACCAGUUUUGCAAAUAAUGCAAGGAUCUGGAAGCAUACAUCAUGCCUUAACAAAUAAUAUUUCCAAUAGUAGUAUAACGGUUCAUGCACCGUCACCGCCACCUAUUCAAGCCUACAACAAUUCUCAUGUUAGUGCUGCACAAGCUCAGGCAGUAAGUCAAGCUCUUAGUCAAGCUCAAGAUGGUAUUCCAACUAGUGGUCAAACGCAACAAAGUCAGCCUGUGGAAUUUAACCAUGCUAUUAACUAUGUUAAUAAAAUAAAGAAUCGCUUUCAAGGACAACCAGAUAAAUACAAAAGGUUCCUAGAGAUACUACAUACUUAUCAAAAAGAACAACGCAAUUUGAAAGAAUCAGGACAUAUAAGCGGUACAAGUGGUGGUAGCGCUGCUAGUAACGUAAAACAUUUAACAGAAGCUGAGGUUUAUAGUCAGGUUGCUAAAUUGUUUGAAAACCAAGAAGAUUUACUUGCUGAAUUUGGUCAAUUUUUACCGGAUGCAACUAAUCAGCAGAGUUCGUUGGUGAGUCCUGUGAUCGAAAGAUGCAUGCUAUAUAAUUCUGCUAUGUUUCAGAGUAACAAGACUGCUCCAGUAAAUGAUCAUACAGCAAUAAUAAAGAAACCAUUGAGUCUUAAGGCGACUUAUAACAACUCUGCUAAUGUUUCACGAGAUCUUCGGGAAUCAAGUGGCACUUGUAUAUUGGAGCGUGAUAGCAGAGAUCACAGGGAUCGUGAUCGUGAGAGGGAUAGGCCAGGUGUUCGAGAAAUCAGCACUGGUCAAAAAUUGGGUCACAGUACAGGGCAGCUAAAAAGAAGUCCAUCAUUCUCUACUUCUGUUACUGGUGGCAAUUCUCAUAUUCAACAUGGACCACCUCCAUUAAAAAAACACAAAGUAACAUCAAUGCGAGAUGUUACUAUAGCAGAAGCCGGAAAAUAUGGUACAUUGAAUGACUAUGCAUUUUUUGAUAAGGUUCGUAAGGCUUUGAAGUCACAAGAGGUUUAUGAAAACUUUCUUCGGUGUCUUGUACUUUUUAACCAGGAAAUUGUUUCUAAAUCAGAAUUGUUACAAUUAGUUACACCAUUUCUCGGUCGUUUUCCGGAACUUUUACGUUGGUUUAAAGAUUUUCUUGGUCAUUUAUCUGAUUCUUCCAAUACGUCAGCAAAUAAUACAGGAAGUAGUAUAGGAGUCGAAGCACUUCCAAAUAAUGUAGCGCGUGGUCACCAAGAACGACCUCAGGGUGACUUGGCAAUGGAAAUUGAUUAUACAGCAUGUAAGCGAUUAGGAGCUUCAUAUUGUGCUUUGCCUAAGUCUUAUGUACAACCAAAAUGUACUGGUAGAACGCAAUUGUGCAAAGAAGUUUUAAAUGAUACAUGGGUAUCAUUUCCAACUUGGUCAGAGGAUAGUACAUUUGUUACAUCGAGAAAAACACAAUAUGAGGAAUUUAUUUAUCGUUGUGAAGAUGAACGAUUUGAAUUAGAUGGCGUGAUAGAAACUAAUGCAUCAACUAUUAGAGUAUUAGAAGGUGUUCAUAAAAAAAUGAAUAGAAUGAGCCAAGAAGAACUUCAAAAAUUUAAACUCGAUGAUUGUCUUGGAGGUUGUUCUCCCACAAUACAUCAACGAGCAUUAAAAAGGAUAUACGGAGAUAAAGCUGCUGAUAUUAUAGAAGGUCUUAAAAAAAAUCCUGUAGUUGCAGUUCCAGUCGUUUUACGACGCUUGAAGAGUAAGGAAGAGGAAUGGCGAGAAGCUCAGAAAGGUUUUAAUAAAAUUUGGAGAGAACAAAAUGAGAAGUACUAUUUGAAAUCUUUAGAUCACCAAGGUAUUAAUUUUAAACAAAAUGAUGUGAAAGCUUUAAGAUCCAAAAGUUUAUUCAAUGAAAUUGAAACUUUAUAUGAUGAGAGACAUGAACAGGUAGACGAUGGAAGCGGUGAUAAUCAAGGAAAUAGUGGUCCACAUUUAGUGUUACCUUAUAAAGACAAAUCUGUCUUAGAUGAUGCAGCAAAUUUAUUGAUACAUCAUGUAAAACGACAAACUGCUAUUCAUAAAGAAGAUAAACAGCGUAUAAAGCUUUUACUUAAGCAUUUUAUACCAGAUCUCUUUUUUCACCCACGCCAAGAGCUUAGCGAUGAUGAGAGAGAUGAAGAUGAUGACAAAGAGGAUGUGGGUGUGGCAGCAUGUAGUAAUUCUCAAUCUGUAACCAUGUCUACAUCGCCACAUGGCGGUCUUCAAGCAAAUAGGAGUAAGGCCCCACUUUCCCCAGUCCUGUCUUCCACUUCAGUUAAAGUCGAACCUGAUAUCAAAAUACCUAUGCAUGCCCUGUCAAAUGAUCCUGAAGAGGCAUAUACUCUUUUCAUGGGCAGUAAUAAUUGGUACCUCUUUUUGAGGUUACAUCACAUCCUCUGUGAAAGAUUAACUAAGAUGUAUGAGAGAGCGGUAGCCCUUGCAGAAGAAGAGUCUAGAUACAAACAGCAACGUAAGGAGAGUACUGCUGUGGCUCUCAGGUUAAAACCAAAAAAUGAAAUAGAAAUUGAGGAUUACUAUCCUGCCUUUUUGGAUAUGGUGAAAAAUGUUUUGGAUGGAAAUAUGGAGAGUACAGCGUAUGAAGAUACCUUGCGUGAAAUGUUUGGUAUACAUGCAUAUAUUGCCUUUACUUUGGACAAAGUUGUGACAUAUGCUGUGAGACAAUUGCAGCAUUUAGUGUCUGAUCCUAUAUGCCAGCAAUGUAUGGAGCUAUUUCAAAGAGAACAACGUCAGCCAAAAGAAAGUAGUGGAGCUGGUGGAUUAUGUGUUACAGCUUAUAUGAGGCUUGGUGCAGAGCUUUCAUAUCAACGUAAGGCAGAAAAAGCAAUGGCUGAUGAAAAUUGUUUCAAAAUAUAUAUAUAUAAAAAGGAUUGUAAAAUGACAAUGGAACUGUUGGAUACAGAGGGUGAUGAAGCAAUGGACAGUGGUUGUAGAGAGAGAGAAAGAGAAGGAGUUAUGGUAUCUGAGAAAUGGUCAACAUAUGUGGAGAGGUUCUCUGCUCCGCCUGGUCAAACUAGCCCGAAAGACACUUCUGCUGUGGUAGACAAUGAGCCAACGACCAAUCAUCCUGUGAGUAGUGACCAGGCAGCAAGGGGGGUUCGGGGCAGAAAGCGCAAGAACACUGACAUUAGCAAGAAGAUGGAUGGACAUAGUUGGAAUUCUUUAAGCAGAAUCUUGGCAGGACGGAAACCAGUAUUUUUGUAUCGUAAUGUCAGGCAAUGGCGUAAGAGAGCUGCAAAAUUAAUGAGGGCAUCUAUGCCUAAUACUAAUCAUCCAGAAAAAGCUUCGGAUGUAUCCAAUAAAGAUAAAGCAUUGGAUAGUGUCAGUGCACUUUUAAAAAGGCCAUCAGGCUUAAGGUUGACAGAUACUGGUGACACAUCUGAAAUUAUUGCCGCUGAUGAAACACAAUGUCGUUUUAAUCCAAAUAGUUAUCAGAUGCUUUAUGUUGCUAGUAAAGAGGCUUUCCUUUAUAAACAAAAUUCUUUUAGUCGUGCUAGAGAGUGUCAUCCAGCAGUGACAAAACAUUUAAAUUCGAAAUUUCAUCAUUGGCUUUCAUCGUGGGCAUCUAAAAAUGUCGCAGAUGUUCAACAUCGAUUGUGUCAAGAUUGGUUAAUGGGGCGAUAUGAGAACUUGAUCCCUCAUAGAACACGUGUUAUUACGGACAAUGAUCAAACGCGAUCACCAUAUCGACAGUAUAAUCGGUAUCGCGUUGAACGUUUACAGUCGGACGUUCUUACAGAACCAUGUGUGUAAUUUCAUUAUUUUUCCGUUUCUUUUGCGAUUAUCUGUUAUUUUAACACGACUAAAUUAGACAACAUUUCAUAUUAAUUCAUAUUAAUUUGAUAUCAAUGUACAUUCUGUUCCAUUAUCGAAUGAUUAAGUGAAUCGAUACAUUUAAUUCUGUGUAUUGUAUAUGGAUCUCGAAAUAUCUUUGGCCUCGCGUUUAUGUAUCCAGCCAAAUAUUUUAAUUUUCACUAUGAAAACGAUAUUCAAUAUCAGUUAUGGGAACUUUUCUUCGAUUAUUGUAUGAAAUUAUAACGAAGGAUGUAUUUAACUGAUUAUUGACUUUAUUCCAGGUAUUAUAAUUUACCAGCUUUAACAUUUGUGAUAGAUUUAUGUCUUCUUUUUUUUUUCUUUUUUUCUUUUUUUCUAUACGUGUUAUAUGUAAUUAGAAAUAUCACACAUUGUCAUCAUCCGUGUAUAUCAUUUAUUUCAAAAUAAUAUUCUAAUAAUAUUUUAUUAUUAACAAAAGCAACCUCGAAUGACAAAAUAAUCCUCGGUGUGUAUGUUCUAUAUCGAAACGUAUGAAAGAGUUGGCAAGUUAAUUCAUAAAUUAUGUAUAAAAAAAAUUCUAAAAGAUAAUUUAAUAAGACUCUUUAAAAUAUUCUAAUGAUUUCAAUUUUCGUACAUUUCUUUCUAAAUGUAUUGUGAAAACAUUAUGUUUAAAUGAAUUUUGAUCAAUCAAAUUAAAUAAUAAUUUUGUAUUCAUUUUAUAUAUCAUUGUAUGUAUAUAAUGUUUUGGUUUUUCAUAAUGUUCUUCAUAGAAGCAUAAAAUUUUUCGUAGAAAAAAGAUUUACGAAUAAUUAAAUUCUUUGAAAUUCACAUAAAGAAACGUAUUAACAACAUAAGUAAAUAUCCUUCGUUAUAUUUUAUAUGUCUAAAUGCCUUAUAAAUAUUCUCUUUAAUAUUUCCAACAACUUAUUUUCCUUCUCUCUUUUCCUUAUCGAUUUAUUUUGUUUCCUAAGACACACAGAUUGAUCUUAAUUUGGCUAACUGUACCAUGUAUGUACAUAUUUGUACAUAUGUGUAUAUGCAGGGAUAUUUCAGACGCGAUUAAAUACCGUUGUAUUUUUGUAUAAUACGUCCAAGCACUAUUCUAUAAAUUUUCACACAAAACGUUACAUUGUAUUUGAAUGCGAGAAGAGUUUCAUAAAAGUGCAAUGAAUGCAUCGUUGCAGGAGAAUGAAUCUUCUUUAAUUCUCAACGAUAAAUUUACGAAUAAAAUAGAGGAAUGAAGUUGAAGGAGUGCUUUAUUUGUCAUAUGCAAUAUUUUAAGAUUUAUGUGUGUGAUUUUUAAAAAGAUACUGCACUUAACGCAUGUAUAUAUACUGAGUGAUUCCAAAGUCAAAUGAUUUCGCACUAGUGUUAUAUUAAACGUUUACUAAUUAAAAAAAAACCACACACAAAUCUUUUCAAUUAAUUUUAAUUUUGAGUUUGAUCAUUAUAGAAAAUACACAUACAUCAUUGAAAUUGUUGACACUUAUUCAAAAUCAUUUAGUAUGUAUGCAUGUGCUUAUUAUGUAUGUGUGUAUGUGUGCGUCUCGCAUAUGUAUAUAUAAAAAGUAUGUAUAUGUAAAAAGAGGAGACAUGGAUCUCUGGGCCUUAUGAUUUACCUGAUCUUAUUAUAUAAGAACUUUCAGAAGUAUAAGAACAAAAAGAAAAUAUGAAGAUUAAUAAGAAUGUUCAUGUAUAAUGAAAACAAACAACCAAAUAUAAGAGAAAAAAGGAAAGAAAAAGAACAAAAAAGAAAUACAUGUAACACAUCAGAAAUAAAAAUCAGAUAUACACCGUAUUGAUAUAAGCAAUGAACUCGAGUUUUUUGCACACGAAUCACAUGUAACACAAGAAAAGAUUGCUUACAUUUCAUUUUUUCUUCUAAUCUUACCACCACGAUCGUAUAUUUAAUAUAAUGCACGUACGCGAAUGUGUUCGUCGUGUAUGAGAUGAAGAGGAGGAGUAAGAGGAACGUAUGAUCGUGUUUUUAUAUACUUCCGUAAAAUGUUAUUUUUUUAACAUAUGUUACGUGUAAAUCUUAUUAUCUUACUAAAAAAAAAAAAGUAUAUCUCGCAUUAACUUAAUUUUUAUUAUUAUUAUUAUUAUUAUUAUUAUUAUUAUUAUUAUUAUUUCUUUUUUUCUUCCCUUCGUUUUGUUAUUCGUUUUAAAGUUUUUAUGUGUUUAUGCAUUUUACGGAUAACACAAAGUAUUUAUUCUUUAUAUACAUAUAUCUGUAUAUAUAUAUAUAUAUAUAUAUAUAUAUAUAUAUAUAUAUAUAUAUAUAUAUAUAUAUAUAUAAAUGUAUAGGUACAGAUAUGUUACAUGAAAUAUGAUCAAAAGGAAAAAAGAAAUAAAUAUACUAAAAUUAAUAUACUUUUUCAUCAUGACUUUACUGAUUAGUAAUCAUUCUCAUUCUGUGUGUAUGUGUGCGUGCGUGCGUGCGUGCGUGUGUGUGUGUGUGUGUGUAUGUAUGUAUGUAUGUAUGUAUGUAUGUAUGUAUGUACACAUAUAUUACUGUAUUUUUUCUUUUUGAUACAAUGUAUGUCGAUAACAAUUUUUUAAAAAAGAAACGAAACAAAUACAAACAAAAAUAUGAUCGUCUUGAAAUGCACUGUUAUAUAUUCAGUUGUAUAUGUAUUCUUUACAUUGAGACUCUUCUAGGUUGUAUUAUAUAUAUAUAUAUAUAUAUAUAUAUAUAUAUAUAUAUAUAUAUAUAUAUAUAUAUAUAAAACUCAUUACACUGUUAAUAAUCAUACAAUUAAAGUAAUCGAAUAAGAUGUUUACAAAUUGAAAGCGAAAAUAAUAGAAAAAGGAUGAAUGGAGAAUAGAGAAAAACAAUGAGAGAGAGAGGGAGGGAGAGAGAGAGAGAGAGAAAGAGAGAGAGAGGUCUUCCGAUGCUUGACUUAUUUGUGAGUUUAGAUAUAAUGUAUUUUAUAAUAUUAAAAAAAAAAUAUCGCCAAUUUAGAAAAAAGAUACAUUUACUCCAUGUAUGAAAAUUAAAUGUACAGGCAAUUUUACUAAAGAUAAUAAUUUAAUGUUGAUAUAUUUUGCACAAAUCAUUAUUAAUAUUAAUAAUAAAUCAUUAAUUUUAAAAAUUCUAUCGUAUCGUGUGCUUCGUUCACAACCUGAUUAUAUGAAUUAUUAAUCCUUAAACUUUACUAAUAGUGUUUCAAUAGUGAUACAUAAUAUUUUUUUAUAACAAUAAUAAUAAUAAUAAUAAUAAUAAUAAUAAUAACAAUAACAAUAACAAUAACAAUAACAAUAAUAAUGACAAUGUUCGGCUCUCCAGAUUUCGCUAAGUCAAAACUCAUAUGCUUUAUUGAUCUUAUUUACACAAUAAAAAAGAAAGUUCCGCACUAAUGUGAUUUUAUUUAAAAUGACUUCUAUUGUGAACUCAGUUUUUAUAAAACUUGUUUUAGUAGAGCGAUGAAAGUACCGAGUUUUUAAAAAUUUACAUUUAAAAAAAGAAAAGGUAAGUAAUUUAAUUUAAUUAAUAUAAUAGUUAUAUUUAUCAGUGAAUAACAUUCUAUUAGAUAACUGUUUAUAUUAUACUUUGUAAAUCAAUUUUACAAUAAUCCAUAUAUGAAAAAAUCUCUUCGUAUAUUUUAUUCCUGAUUUUUUUUUUUUUAUUAUUAUCAUUAAUCAUGAUUUUUCUGAUCUUAGAAGGUAAUUUCUUGAAUUCAAAAAACAUUGUUUUCGAUAAAAUAUAAACAUUCAUGCAGUUAAUAUAUAAUGAAAUUGGAAGAAAAAGAAAAUAGGAAAAGAAUAAAGUUACUCCAAUUUUAUGAAUAAACUUACUCGUUUUAUUAAAAAUCGUAUCAUAUUCGGGGCUAAUAAAGGGCGAGGAAGGAAGAUAGGGAGGUAGGGCUCGUAAAGGUGGAGGUCGAUAAUAUUAAUUAUAUAAUAAUUGUACAAUACAAUUGGUUUUGUACUUUUAUCUUUUAACUUAUUUUUUGUUUGUUUUGUUAUCUUUGUAUAUUACACAUAAAAGUUAUUUGAAAUACUGCAUUACGAAUACGUUUAAUUAGAGCCUCUGUCAAAAAAUGAUUACCAUUUUCUUUUCUGAAUAUUUCGAUGUAAUAAUUAAACAUAAAAGAUGUUCUUUCUUUUUUUCUGUUUUGCUUUCUCUUACACUUUUUUAACAACAUUUUUACUUAAUUAUUAUUUAUUAUUAUUAUUAUUAGCAAUUUGCGUGUAAAUUGUUAUAUAUAUACAUAUAUAAUCGAUUUCGCGAAAUAACGGAGAUCAUAAUUUUCGAACGAUGUUAACUUCAUUUUUGUUUUGGCCUUCUUUCUUUCUUUUAUUGUUGGUAUAUAAUUUAUUGAUAUAUAAUUUAUAUGAGGCUAAUGAUUUUUUGUUUUUUCUUCUUCACAUAGAUUUAUCUCUCUUAAUUAUUUCAAAUGUUUAAAUCUAUGAUAUACUUAAACAUUAAUUGCUCGUAUUAUUUUACAGAGAGUUUUUGCUUUUCUCUCUCUCUCUCUCUCUCUCUCUCUCUCUCUCUCUCUCUCUCUCUCUCGAAUAGUCGAUAAGAUGAGACGACAAAAAAUUAUUCAAUAUUUUUCGUAAUACUACCACACAAAUUACUAUAGCUAUUUUUUCAAUCACGAUCCCAUUUCCAUUAAGUACAACGUUAUUAAUAACUUUGGAAAGGAUUCGCGUGGGACCUUAUUGUAAAACAAAAAAAAAGAAAAAGAAUGAAAAGAAAAAAGAAAAUUGUAAAUACAUCAAAAAGUUAAUCUUGUUACUUAUACGAUAUUUUUGAUUCUGUUGGUAUGAUUAGAUAUGUUGACACAUUGUUGAAAACGUUGUGACAACUGUACUACUUGUGUAUGUACAGGUAUUCAUAACUUAUGUAAUUAUUACACUACAUGUAUAAGAUUUUGUGUAACGCGUUAUCAUAAUAUUGCUUAUAUUUUUAAAUAUAAUGUUUCCUUAAUUUUGAUAUUAUUAAUUUUCUGGAAUAUUAAAUAUUUCAAUAACAAUUUUAAUUCCGAUUAUAAAUAUAAUCGAUAAAAAAAAUAUUAAUUUUUUGCAUAUAUAUAUAUAUAUAUAUAUAUAUAUAUGUUAUUCUAAUAUAAUUAAUUUGCAUGUAAUAAUCAACAAUGCGUCGUACCUAAAUCACGUGUUCUACUUGACUUGGUCUCUCUCUCUCUCUAUCUCUCUUUUUCUCUUUCUUCUUCUCUUUUUAAUAAAAAUAUUUUAAUAAUUAUUUUUAUAUAUACCACUUAGAAAGAAUUAAUCGAUUGUAAAUUAUUACGAGCAAACUGUUUUAAAACUAUAUUUCUAAAUUGUUAACUUAAUUAUAUACAUACACACACACACACAUAUAUAUAUAUAUAUACAUACACACGUGUGUGUAUGUGUGUAUGUGGGUGCGCAUAUAUCGGAUGCGCUGAAAACCGACUAACGAAGGACGAUCUUAAGUGACCUUACAAUUGAAUUCAAUUUAGGAAUUAGAAAGAAAUGUUUUCUUCUGUUGAUGCUGUUGCAUAUCGCAUCGAAAUGAUACAUAUUUCAAAUAAUAAAUUAUGCGAAAAGUAUAAAAUUAAUUCUUUUUUACUUUAACUUUUAGAAGGUGGUCAUAUUUGACCAAAGAAUAAUAUAUAUAUAUAUAUAUAUAUAUAUAUAUAUAUAUAUAUAUAUAUAUCUAUUUAUUUAUUUAUAUAUAUAAUUAUUAUAUUAUUGUAUUGAAAUAUGAUAAAUGGCAGAAAAAUUAUUGAGAAUAAGGGAAGACAAUGUGUCACUAAUAUAUAUAUUUUUACCUUUUUCUUUUUUUUUCUUUUCUUUACGUUCUCUCAUUUAAAUCGUCUGGAUCGUCCCGUGAAAAUAAAUUGAUACAAAAAAAAGCUCGAAGGAUAAGGCUUUCUUUUAUAAUGGAAUAUUACUCGUUAAAUUUAUUGAAUGUGUUUUGUGUUAUUGACGUCUUUGAUUUAAAAAAAAAAAAAAGAAAAGGACAAAAAUAAAAAAAGGAAGAAAAGGAUAAAA